CACCCCCAGUUCCUCUUUUUGGCAUCCUUCAUUGGUUAACAUUGCACUCUGGCAUCUACUAACUAGCCUCUUUACAAAUCACAGCCCUUCUUCUUCUUCUUUUUCUUCUUCUUCUUCUUCUUCUUCUUCUCGCUUCCCUGUUUAUCGUUAACCCCAGAGAGAGACCCUUUCACUUCACUUCUUUGAUAUUGAUUCCUUCUCUACACUUUAUAUACAUGGCGUAGUGGAAUACCCAUUUCGCUUUCGCCUUUUUAUUCAAAUUUUAUCAAUGAAAGCCUUCCCUUUUAGGGUUUUCUGCCGCACCAGCUUUCACUUCUGGAGCUUUUAAAUAUUCAUCAAUGGUGGGUUCUCCUGAAUCAAGGUAGGUGGCCUGAAACCUUCGCAUUUCUUCUGUCUUCUUCAGUCAUUAUUGCUCAAUCAGUGGCCUGGGUUUUAUUUUAAUGAGUUAAAAAGUGGGUACUUACGGCUCCCCGGUCAUCAUAGAAUACCAAACUUCUUCACCAAGUGCAAAUAUUCUCUCAGGAACAUGAUAUGAAAUUUUUUGGGUUUUCUUUAUCUCACAUUCGAAUUCAAAAAUGAAGUGAUGAUCGUAGUUUUGUUGUCUCAAAAUGAGUUGGGUCUGAUCUGUAAGGAGAAAAAGGGAUGUUGUUUGGUUGUUCACAGAUGAUCUGUGUCAUGGCAGAAGGCAGAGGACAUGCUUGGCUGCUUGAGCAUACCCAUCAGAAAAUGUCUUGGAUUCAGCAUCAAAUGCAGCAGAGAGAUGGUAUUUUGACCUACCCACCUCCUUUAUCUCCCCCACCCCUACCAUCAUCUUCAUCUCCUUACCCUGGUGCAUUUCAUAAAGAAUCAAACCCAUCAUCAUCGGCAUCAUCAUCAUCUGGCACUAGAAUCAGUCCUGCUGUUCUUUUCAUUAUAGUAAUUUUAGCUGUCCUAUUUUUCAUAUCUGGUAUUCUCCACCUCCUUGUUAGAUUCCUCAUAAAGCAUCCAUCUUCCUCUACAUCCUCCCAAUCAAACCGAUACCCAGAAAUUUCUGAAUCAGAUGCUCUUCAGAGGCAGCUUCAGCAACUCUUCCAUCUCCAUGACUCUGGUCUAGAUCAAGCAUUUAUAGAUGCUCUCCCUGUCUUCAAUUAUAAAGAGAUAGUGGGUCUGAAAGAACCAUUUGAUUGUGCUGUUUGUCUUUGCGAGUUCUCUGAGAAGGACAAGCUGAGAUUGCUUCCUUUGUGUAGUCAUGCUUUCCAUAUCAAUUGUAUAGACACUUGGCUUCUGUCAAACUCAACAUGCCCUCUUUGUAGAGCGAUUCUGUUCUCUCCAGGGUUUCCUAUUGAAAAUCCAAUGUUUGAUUUUGAUGAUCCAAGAGGACAUGAUGGAUGUCCUGGGAAUGGAGAAAAUGCGAUUCCUAGUCAAAAGACCGUGGAAAUUCAAGAAACUGGUGGUGAAAAGGGCGUUCUCCCAGUGAGGCUUGGAAAAUUCAGAAAGAUGGAUGAUGAGGCAGCGGAGACAGGAGGGGAGACUAGCAGCAGUAAUUUAGACGCAAGAAGAUGUUACUCAAUGGGUUCAUAUCAGUACAUCGUUGGUGAUGCAAAUCUGCAGGUGGCCUGGUGCCGUGACCGAGAUGUCCGUGGCUUAAAACUUGUGAGGGGUUUAGAACAUAAUGGAAAUUCUUCAGUUGAUGGAGAUGGGGAGGGGAGAAGUAGUUUUGUGAGUAGAGGUGAUAGCUUUUCGGUUUCUAAGAUCUGGCUCUGGUCUAAGAAGGGUAGAUUUCCCAGUACUUCGGAUGCCCAGAGGGGCAUGCCUUCUUCUCUCAAUACUGAAUUGCCAUGGAUGAGGGAUGCACAAGGGGUAUGAAAAAUAGUUUUUUUUUUUUGUUUCCUUGAUUAAUCAUUAGUCCAUUAAUCAAAGCUUGUGAAGCUUUCGUUUUAUUUUUUCUUUGUUCAAAUUUCUAGCAUGCUUAUUGAAGAGCUGUGAUGACGUUUAUACUAUUCUGGCCAUGUACUUUUAUUUUUGGUGGGAACUUCGAAUUCCAUACUCUUUACAUCUCUCUUUUCCAAAGUGUUUCCUUGGUUUAGGUAUGGACUAUUGAUGAUUUGGUUUGUAUGAUGGAAGAAUGCAUCCAUUUGAUUAUUGUGGCUAGUUUUGCACAACCCAUUAAUUUUGGCGUCAAA